GGACUAUUUAAACCGUAGCGGGUAACUUAAAUGUUUCAUUUAGCUACGAAAUUUCCUUCACUCGUAUCUACCAGUAUCAAUCACAGAUUAUCAGCUGUAUUCUCCUCAAAAGUUGACUCAUUGUAUAGUGUUUUCGGGCUCUCAAGCAAUGCGACUCACCAAGAUAUCAAAGAAGCCUUCUAUCGACUGUCAAAAAUAUACCAUCCUGAUGUGACUGAUGAUCCUAACUCUAGAGAAAAGUUUCAUGAGUUGACAAAAGCUUAUGAAAUCCUUGGAAAUCCUGUUAAACGGAGUGAAUAUGACCGUGGCCUAAUUCAUACGAUAGGCAGCGGCGUGCAUCACUUCUCUAAGGCCGGUUACACAAUUGACUCUGUAAAAGACAGAAGCACAGACAGCUUUAAAUCAUUCUAUGUAAAACAACACAACCGAACGUUAAAUGAGUUCUGGGCGAAGCAUUCUGAUCGUGAAUCUAUGAUGUCUGCCACUGAAUUGAGGAAUGAUCAUAAAGGAGUUUGGGGAGUACUAUUUAUGACGGCGUUGUAUACCACUUUAGUGGGUUAUUUCUAUGCAAAAUAUUACGAGGAACCCAUUGAAUUCAUCCGGCCUUCACAAGAUUAAUUGUGACAAUUUGCACUUUGAGUAAACAGAACUCAUAGCUAAUACUGUACUUUAAAUUGUUUAUUUAUCAGGUUCAUAGUUGUUCUGCUUUAGUGUGAAUUUAGAUACUUUAGAUAUGUUUUGUGGUUAUUGCGCCUUCUAUUCUCAGUAAAAACUAACGGAUUUAUUGUUGGUGAGUCA